UCCAAAUCUAAUGUUUAUUUGGUUUUUAGUUUUAAUACAGAAAAUUCCCACACACCCAGCACGAUAACAAACCUGCCAUCGCGAAGGAAUUGAAAAAAAUUCAGUUUUUUUAAAUUGCACACACUUUAAAACUUAAUACAACUUCUCUAUUAAAAAAUUAUAAAUUCAAUAUAAGGUUUCUCUCUAGAAUUUUAUAUAGACUGAUAAAGAAAAUGCCAAAACUUGACUCUUUCUUAGAAAGAAAAACGAAGAUAUCUUCGAUCCUCGAUGUUACUAAAAAAAAGGUUAAAAAGUUGGUAGUUCAGUGACUUAGCUUAAAUUUAUUAAAUUUGAUCUCAGGUCAUUUAGAUUAACGCCUAGAGUAUCUUUAUUUCUUUAUUUCUUAUUUCAAAGUCUCUGUGAAUCCGAUGUUUCGACAAACAACUACCCUGCCUUCAGGUUUUUGAAGAAAUAUUUCCUUGGUAACAGUGAGGGGGUUCGGUUUUUCAUACAGCAGGAAUCAGUAUUUUCCCGAUGGGGUAUUGUGGUAUUCCUCUUCAGUUGGAUCCACAGUACUGGAGAAAUAUUCAAUAUAACUAACACUACUGGGGGAUUUAUUACAACAAUUGUUCUAUUAGUAUAUAGAGCUGACGCCAUGUUGGGCCUGUUUUUAACAUAUCUUGGAAUCUGGAGUCUAACAAGAUUAUUCUCAUUUAAUCGGAACAUUUUGCCAUCAUUUGUACUUCUAUCUCUUCAUGCAGGCAUAAAAGAAGCUGGGGACCGUGUACUUUAUAGUUUACUGAUCUCAUCCUUUGUAUUUGUAGCUGCCGGACUCAGUAAUGUAUGUACACGGAGAUGUGUUCCCGUUCUGCUUGUACCAUUCCUCUUCAUGUACACUUUGCUUUCUUUCUCACAUACUCGGGUGAACUACGAGGAAAACCCAGCAGAAGUAAGAAAUUGGACCCUGGCAUCAGCCCCGAAAAAUAAUGAUAUUAACAGUUUGGAGAUGAAUGAAACCAUUCAUACUCACUGGGCACUGACAGUUAUUGUUGAUACCUUACACACUCCUGGUGCGUUGCUAGGAAUAGAGAAUAUAGUCCCUAGUCUGCUGCUCAUUUUCUCCAUUCUUCUGUUCUCACCCUACUUCCUGUUCUGUAGCGUGCAAGGUGCACUAAUCAGCAAUCUUACUUCUUUCUUUCUCUCCUCUUUUAAAGAAGAAAUCAGCAGGUACAGAGUUAAAGUGAGUACAACAGAACUUGAGAAAUUAUUUAGCUGCUAUGAAAACUGGCCUAAGCUGGAAACUUUUCUGUUGGAUUCUCUUAAUACCUAUCUCUUGAUCUCGAUAUCUACUGUGGGUAAUUUCAAUUUCAGGAUCAAUGCUUUAUCUUUUCAUAAGGACACAAACAUACGGACAAACUAAAUAUGAAUAUAAAUAUGAAUAGUGAGAUUCAGAAAACUCUGGAAA